AUGAAUAUGGCCGAAAUAUAAAACUGCUUCCUUUCUGAAAAAAAUUAUAAAAUGGCUCAUCUAUUGAAAAAUAAAAUUUAGGAGAAUGAUAAGUAAUGAUUUAUUUUAUUAAAUCAGAGAAACAAUCCAUUUAGCGGUUUAAGCUGUCUGCGAAAUUUUAACUAACAAAAUAUCAUAACCAAUACAAAAAGUAUUGUCAAUAAGAGUAAAAAAAAAUUCAAGUAUUCAGCUAGUUAAAGAAAUGAUGGAUUAUCAUAUCUCUUUAGUAAUUACUAAAGUUUCUAUUCAUAUAAUUCCAAUCUUCUAUUAAAUAUUAUUAGAAUAUAUUUAGAAGUAAAUAAAUACAAAACAUUAUUUCACCGAUUAGCUAGGUAGGAAUAAAUAUUAUCAAAUAAGAUGAGCAACUGAUGGUUCUUGGAAAAACAUUUAUAAGAUUAGUAAGUGAAUGUGUGUUUGUUUGGAAUAUUUGGCACCCACUUUUAGAAGGUCAAUAGUCUUCAUUUUAAAGAAUGUAUAUAAAUUCAUUAAAAAAAGAUAUAAUAAAUUAAUUUAAUUGGGGUUUGAAUUUCCUAAACUUUUUUAUUUUAAUUAACAAAAAGUCAAAGAGUUUUAUAAGUAAUCCAAGGAUAAUAUAUUGACUUAAGCAUCUCCUAAUGAAAAAGCUAAUGAUAAUUAAUCUGAUUUUGAUUGCAUAAAAUAAAAAUUAGAUAGAAAUAAGUUUGUAUUAGGGGAUUUGCAGUUUAUUAGAGAUUCAGUAAUUUGUAAGCUUUUUAAAAUAUCAUUAAGAACUAAAAAAUUGCACUCUUAAUGCUAGUUAAUAAAAAUUCUUAACGAAUUUUGAAAAAGCUUACUAAGAAUAUGAAAAAACAAAAAGAUUUGAUGACUUCAUUAUUACUAUAUAAUCUAUGUAAUUUAAAAUUCAAUUUAAGUUGUUUAGAAUAUGAUAAUGAAAUGGAAGAUAAAUUAGUAAUCUUUGAACCUUUUUAAAAGAAAUAUCAAUUAAAUGUGAUUUAUUUUAAUCCAUCAAAACAAGGAGGAUAUUCUAUUGAUAAAAUCAGUGCACUCCAUUCUAAUGAUACUUUGAUAGUAUUAAUCUUAUUUUAUGAUAGUCUAAAAACUCAUCUUCAAAUCAAAAAUACCAAUAAUUAGAAUAUUUAAAUUAGAAGAACAGGAGAAUUGAAUAAUUAUUAAUUGAAAAUUCUAUUUUUGCAAAGCAGAUCCAAUUCUUUUAAGAAUAAAUCAAUAAUCUCAAACAAAAUCUUGAAUAAAUUAAUAGGUGA